CAUAGGCGGAAACAAACCUACGGAACUGGUGAAAAAGGACGCCUUUAGGCUGUGGUUCCUGGGAAAAAAAAUGCAAGGAAGUUCCUAUGGUAGCGGCGGGCACGGUGGUGAACCUCCCAUAAUGCAUUACGAAUGGUGGGGAUCGGGGCGGGAAGUUAUUGCCCGGAGUGUUAGAAGUCCUCGACCCUGGAGGGGGCUCUUUUGGGGCCAACUUUCUAUUUAUGAGGGGAGGAGGAGGAGAAGACUGAUUAUGAAUAUUUAUGAGACCUGCCUGUUCAGUGGUUCCUCACUAGCAUCUCAGGUUCAUGCUGCUGCUGUCAAUGGACAUAAGAAUGCUCUUCUAAAGCAAAUAGCAGGUAACCCUGACCUGAAAGAUAAGGAGGAUCAAUUUGGGAGAACACCACUCAUGUACUGUGUCUUGGCAGACAGGUUAGACUGUGCUGAGGCUUUGUUGAAAACAGGAAUAGACCUUAAUAAAGCUGAUCAUAAUCGGAGGACAGCGCUCCAUCUUGCUGCUCAAAAGGGAAACUAUCGCUUUAUGAAACUUUUACUUGCUCGUAGAGCAAAUUGGAUGAAAAAGGAUUUGGAAGGAAUUACUCCUUUGCAUUUAACUACCCGGCACAAGAGUCCAAAGUGCUUAGCUUUGUUACUAAAAUAUAUGGCACCAGGAGAAGUAGAUACACAAGACAAGAAUAAGCAAACUGCUCUUCACUGGAGCACCUAUUACAAUAACCCAGAGCAUGUGAAACUUCUGAUCAAACAUGAUUCUAAUAUUGGAAUCCCCGAUGUUGAAGGCAAAAUUCCACUUCACUGGGCAGCUAAUCACAAGGAUCACAGUGCAGUUCAUACUGUCAAAUGCAUUUUG